CAACGUUUUGUGAAAUAUCGGCUGUACCUUCAACGACUGGAGAUCUGGAAAUGAAGACAGAUUUAACAUUUUUCUGUCGGAUUUGGAUUGGGAUUGCAUAUGCCUCAGGUCUGGUGAUUUGCUUUUCUAUGACUCCACCCACCCUUGACAGUCCCAAAGACCAACUAGUGAUUCCAGUCCACGAAACACUGACCAUUACAUGCAGGGGCCAGCGCACCCUGGCCUGGGCCUCGCCUGAUCAACCUCUGGUGGGACAGGAGCUAACCGAUCGUCAGGCCCAGCUACGGCCCACCAGCCCCCCUGGACAGAGGUCUGCCAUAGUGAGGGAGUGCCAGGGGGUGCCUGGCAAACCUUACUGCAAGAGACUAGUUGUUAGCUGGGCACAAGGCAAUGACACUGGCUACUACCGCUGCUACUACAGGGAUGUCAAGGCGGUCAUCGAUGGCACCACUGCCACCAGCAUCUAUGUGUUCAUUAGGGACCCUGGACAGCCUUUCCUCAGGAGAAACGGUCACAGCGAUGGCAGUGGUAAUGGGCUGGAAACCAUUUUCGUCACAAGUUUCUUGACCCAUAUAUUGGUGCCAUGCCUGGUCACUGUCCCCGAUCUCAACGUCACUCUCCAUGCGUAUCCCACUCUUUUAGAAAAUCACGAUGGCUUGAUAUGGGACAACAAGCGGGGCUGGUCCAUUCCCAGACAUGUCUUCGACCGCAUGCCGAUGGUCAUCAGCUUCAUGUGUUCGGCCAUGCUGGGAGACAAAGAGUACCAGUCCACCCACUACCUGAUCCACAACAUAGGAAGUCAGAUUUAUGAUGUCAAGCUGUUUCCUGAAGACCCAGUUGAGCUGAUAGUGGGGGAGGCACUCACCCUAAACUGCACAGCAUCCGUUGAGUUCAACGCAGGCGUGGACAUUAAGUGGUCUUACCCUGGCAAACAGACAAACAGGUUGGUGAACAUUCAUCACCAUCGUGAAGCUUUGUCCCGUGCCACAGAGGCUGUUAGCAUCUUGACCAUCCCUAGCGCCAGUGUCAACGACACAGGACCGUACAUCUGCACCGUCACCAUCAUGGAGACAACACAGCCCCUUGAAACUCAGGUCAUAGUUCAUGAGAAGCCAUUUAUAAGCCUAGACUACAGAUACGGACCAGUGGUUGAGGUAAUUGCUGGCCAGAAAUCUUUCAAACUGCAAGUGAAAGUGUCUGCCUACCCUGCACCAGAAACACAAUGGUAUAAAGAGGGAAAGCCGAUAACCCAGCGUCCAGAGUUCCGGAUAAAAAGGAUGAGGGUGCACCUCAACCAUGCUCUUGAGAUCAAGGAUGUGUGUCAGGACGAUUCUGGGCACUACUCUGUAGUACUGAAGAACAGUGCCGCUGCGCUUGAGAAGCGGCUCAACAUCACCCUUGUUGUCAAUGUUCCCCCCCAGAUCCACGAGAAGGAGGUAGCAGAACCGUCCAACCCUUAUCCCAGCGGCAGCAGCCAGAUGCUAACGUGCACCUCCUACGGACACCCUGCUCCCAACAUCAGCUGGCACUGGAGGGCCUGGGGCCCAUGUGUCCCAAAUAGCCCUCGAAGAAACAUGGUCCGUCGAGACAGGAAGGGCCGGAGUGACGGGACGGCAGACUGUCAGAACUGGCAGGACAUAAACUCAGAGAAUGCUAUUAAUGAGAUUGUGGUUAUCGAGCCCUCCACUGAAGAGGUGGACGGACGACAAAAGAUAGUGAGCAGGCUGCACAUUCGCAAUGCCAGUGUCUCAGUCAUGUACAAGUGUUCUGCUGAGAACAAAGUGGGAAAAGAUGACAGAUUGAUCUACUUUUAUGUCACCACCAUCCCUGAGGGAUUCAGUGUGGAGGUGCAGCCCUCUGUGGAGCCCCUGGAGCAGGAGAAGGUGUCUCUGUGCUGCAGCGCAGACAAUUACACCUAUGAGCAGCUGCAGUGGUACCGGCUGAACCCCCGGGCCCUGCAGGGCGAGCAGGGCAAACCCCAGGAGCUUGAUUGCAGGAGUGUACACCUCUAUGCUGAUGCGCUGGUUGGCCAGCUCUCUUUCCAGGAGCCCUCAAACAGCUGGGUGCUAGAGUUUACCAUCCCCUCAGUCCAGCUUCGGGACGAAGGUCACUAUGUGUGUGAGGCACAGAGCAGGAGGAAUGGAGAGAAACAGUGCCUUUUCAAAUACAUCUCUGUUAAAGCCCUGGAACCACCCCGGUACAAGCGUAGCCCCACCAACCAGACUGUGAAUGUGACGGAGUCUUUGCGAAUGGAAUGUGAUGUGGAGGGCAGACCUCUGCCCCGGCUCUCUUGGUUCAAAGAUAACCAGCCUCUCCAUCAAAUGUCAGGGAUCCAGCUGCAAGAUUCCAAUCGGACACUGAGUAUCCAGCGGGUGAGAGAGGAGGACGCAGGCCUUUAUACCUGCACCGCCUGCAACCAGCGGGGCUGUGUCCACUCCUCAGCCGCCGUCAGAGUCAUUGGUUCAAGCGACAAGGCCAAUGUUGAAAUUGUGAUCCUCAUCGGGACCGGAGUCAUCGCUGUGUUCUUCUGGGCUUUGCUCAUCCUCAUCUUCUGCAAUGUGAAACGGGUGAAUCCAGCAGACAUAAAGACAGGCUAUCUGUCGAUCAUCAUGGACCCAGGAGAGGUGCCUCUGGACGAGCAGUGCGAAUAUCUGCCCUAUGACUCCUCACAGUGGGAAAUCUCCCGAGACAGACUCCGUUUAGGAAAGGUCUUGGGCCAUGGUGCAUUUGGGAAGGUAAUUGAGGCAUCGAUCUUCGGGAUCAGCAAGAACAGCAGCCUGGACACAGUGGCUGUCAAGAUGCUGAAGGAGGGGGCCACAGCCAGUGAGCACAAGGCGUUGAUGUCGGAAUUAAAGAUACUGAUACACAUCGGUAAUCAUCUGAAUGUAGUCAAUCUGCUGGGUGCAUGCACAAAGGCUAACGGUCCAUUGAUGGUGAUAGUGGAGUACUGCAAGUAUGGGAAUCUGUCCAACUACCUCCGAGCUAAGAGAGAGUUCUUUCUGCCGUAUAGGGAUCGCUCGCCCAAGACCCAGAGCCAGGUGAGACGCAUGAUUGAGGCGGGUCAGGUGGACCAAAGAGGCCGUCGCCCACCUUCCCCAUCCAGCACCUCGCUCAGCAACCCCCAGAAUCAGUCGACCAAUCAGAAAAACCCAUCUGCUGCGGAGAAAACGGAGGACUUGUGGAAAACUCCCUUGACAAUAGAAGAUCUAAUCUGCUAUAGUUUCCAGGUGGCUCGUGGGAUGGAGUUCCUGGCCUCGAGGAAGUGUAUCCACAGAGACCUGGCGGCACGGAACAUUCUCCUGUCAGAGAACAACGUUGUGAAGAUCUGUGACUUUGGCCUGGCCAGAGACAUUUACAAAGACCCCGACUAUGUCAGGAAAGGAAACGCUCGUCUGCCUCUGAAGUGGAUGGCUCCGGAGAGUAUCUUUGAUAAGGUCUAUACCAGCCAGAGUGAUGUAUGGUCCUUUGGAGUUCUCCUCUGGGAAAUCUUCUCGCUGGGUGCUUCUCCAUAUCCAGGGGUACAAAUUGAUGAAGACUUCUGUAAAAGGCUGAAGGAGGGCACCAGGAUGAGAGCACCAGAGACUGCCUCCCCUGAAAUAUAUGGGAUCAUGCUGGCCUGCUGGCAGGGCGAGCCCAGGGAGAGACCGACCUUCCCUGCCCUGGUGGAGAUCCUGGGAGACCUACUGCAGGACAACAGCCUCCCGGAUGGGAAGGACUACAUCCCCCUUAACCAGUCCCAGAGCUCAGAAGAUGAUGGCUUCUCUCAGGCCUCGUCACGUCCUCCGUCUGAGGAGGAGCUAAGAAUGGCAUGCAACACUCUGCCCAACAGAUAUUAUAACUGUGUGCCUUUUGCUGGAUGUGUGUUGGUGAGACCAUCGAAAAUGUGCCAUCCCAGAGUCAAAACAUUCGAGCAGUUGCCUCUGGAGAUGCACCCACAGAAAGCUCCCCAAGACAAUCAGACAGACAGUGGGAUGGUUUUGGCCUCCGAAGAAUUUGAGAGAAUCGAACACAGGCAAAGGGGUGCACAGUUGAAAAGUCACUUGAGCAGCAGCAACAGCAGCAGUAUGGAGCAUCUGACGGGCUCCCAUGGCUCCCUCGGUCCAAGCAGCAGCACCGGCAGUUCGAGGCAUCGGCCCGCUUUCUUCAGCCAGCUAUCGGGACAGACCUUCUACAACAAUGAAUACGGACAGCUGUCUGAGGACGGCAUGUGUGACUUCUUCUCUUCUCCAGACGCCACCUGCCUGGCCUCCUCCUCCAACCUGUAAUCCGUCAAAGUUGCAGAGGUCCACAGACAGAGGAGGGUCAAAAAAAAAAAAAAAAAAAAAAAGAUUUUCUGCCAUAGUGGUCAAUUCAGGCCAAGGGAAGUCUGCAGCAGGGUUCCCACCCUUUUUAGGGGGAUUGUUUUCCAUGACUUUUCGCUUGGGUAUAUACACGACAGCCACUGUGCACAGGAGAUCAUAUUAUUCAGUAUUAACCAUAACCGGAAGCUUCAUUACUGUCACACUGCGGUUGAACAGACCGACUGACACACACACACACACACACACCUAGAAUUCAUUCCUCAAACAAUUACCAUUUUGAUCACUCAAUUUUACAUAAAUAUCUUCAUUUACAACAUUAUAUUUCUUACCAAGUCAGGAACAAGAACAACACAUCCUCAAACUUCCAAGCACUCGAUGUGAUGUGCAAAGUAUGCAAUAAAAAUGACUCAAAAUUUAAAAUAAAAAAAAAAAUGAUGGUGAAAAUAUGCAGUUCUCUCGGCGUGCAAAAAAAAUAUAAUUAUAUAUCGUCAUAAUUCUUAAUGACCUCACAAAUAAUUCCCAUUUGAUCAGUUCUAUCAUUUUCCAGGUGUUUUCCCUAACUGGGAAACUACGGUAUCGCAUGGGAACCCUGGUGCAGGCAUUUUUUAGCACAAACACUUUAACCCGUCUUUGUGUAAUGUGAGGGUAACGUGCAGUAAAUUAUGUUGAUACUUGACGCACCCUUUUCCAUCCUUGUGGCCAGAAAUGGCCUCUA